AUGACAAAUAAAAUAUUUAAUUAUAAGAAUUUUGAAAGUUUUUUAACAAUGAAUGGGGAGAAUCAUUCAUUUGAUCAUAAUGAUGAAGCUGAUUAUUUACUCUCCAAUAUCAAUUCACCUAAAAAUUCAACACUCAUAAAUAAUACAUUACUUAACAAUAAUAGAUAUGAAGGUUGGAUAGGACAGAAUCCAUUAUAUAAAUUUCCAAAUGAAAAUACACAUUGGGAUAAUAAUUUGAAUGAAAAUACACAUGAAAUAUUAUUAAAAUAUCUUAAUAGUGUUAAUUUUGAUAGAAAUACACAAACUUUUGAUGAUUGUAAAUUUCUCGAUUAUAUACUCAAUGAUAAUGUAUUUCCACCUAACUACAUUAGAUUAUUAUUUAAUUUACACCUUAAUUACUUAUUGAAAGAAAAUAAAAUUGAUAAUUUAAAUGAUGUUACAAAAUCAUUUGAAAAAUUAAAAUUCACAGAAUCUAAACUUAAUUUACCCGAUUCAAAAUUUAAUCUACCAGAUUCAAAAUUUAAUCUACCCGAACCAAUCUCAAAGUUAUCAGAAUCAAAACUUAAUCUAUCAGAUUCAAAACUCAAUUUACCAGAGACUAAGCUAAAUUUAUCAGAACAAAUUACUAAGUUACCAGAGACUAAUACUAAAUUUGACACUAAUACUAAGUAUGAAAAUAGUACUAAGUAUGAGAAUGGUACUAAUACUAAGUAUGAAACGGGUGUUAGAGGAAGAUUAUUGGGAUUUGAAGAUUUGAGAGUUGAGAAGGAUGAUUAUUCUUCUUAUAUAAUGGAAGGUACUGGUACGAUAUUGAAGAUAAUUGAAGCUAGUCAACUUUGGUUAAAUCAUACGAGUUCAGAGAAAAUCCCACUCAAAAUCAAGAAACAAUUCACUAAAAAUGAUAACUUUGUCAUUCUAAUUAAAAAACAAUUCACACAUUAUUAA